AUGGGCCAGCGACAGACACGCCAGAAAGUGGACAAGGGCUUGAAAUUGUACCAUGCCAGGAAAACGGAGCAGGCUGUUCACGAGUGGAAGAGGGUUUUGUCGAAGGUGAAAGAACAGCGGUUGCGGUUUGAGGUGCUCGGGCACCUGGCACAGGUGUACGGAGAAUGGGGCUUCGCUCGGGAGAAGAUGCACUAUGCCGUCCAACAGAUGGACAUCGCUUCCGAUCUGGAGAGCGACGAACUCAAAUCGGAGUCCUAUCUAAACUUGGCGAUUUCGAAUGAAAGAUUAUGCGAGUACCACAAGUCGCUGUCGUACGCCAGACACAGCCUGGCCACCGCCAUGAGCUCGGGUGUAGGGUCCUCCAAGUUGGGCUACGUCUACCUGGCGCUUGCUGCGUCCAACCUGGGAUUCAGCAGUUUCAAAGACUCCUUGGAAAACUUGGAGAAAGCCGUGAAGAUGGCCAUCGAAGCCGAGGACCAGAUGCUGGAGUGCGAGGCUUAUGGGUGUUUAGGGAAUGUAUACAAAUGUCUCAAGGAUUACGACAGGGCUUUAAAGUUCUAUGUGAGGGCCAGGGAGCUCAUUAGGUGCAGGGGGCAGGACUGGCCCCCUAGGUUGAAGACACAAGCCUAUUUGAACAUGGCUACGGCCUACAGGAGUAUGAGGAAACUGGACAUGGCCAUGGACUGCGGUGAGCCGCCUAAACAUGGACCAAAGGAGAUGAACAUGACCUUUGACCCGAACGGUGGUCUCCUGGGUCAUGUCGAGAGAGUUCGUGGGCUCCCGUAUCCUUUCGACUGCGUUCGGGAUGGCUCGGGUAUCUACGAAAGAUUACUCCCAUGCGUGGACCUCGGUGCCUGA